AUGUCCUUCCAGCACUCGUCGGCCCUCGAGUCGCAACCAACGACAUGGCGAAGAGAGGACGACCCACAGUAUGCUGACGACCCUGAGUUUCGCGAUUUCGCCUCGAAGCUUGGAGACGAUUUAUUUGCGUUGACGAGCGACGUCGCCCGCCUCUCACAGGAGACUGCGAAGCUUGGAACAUCGCGUGAGACACCUAGAGUUCGGGAGCGGGUCAGAACGACGUCGGAGGAGACGUCGGACAAGUUUAAGGACAUUGGAGAACGACUGAAGAAGCUCACAACCUGGCCAGAUGUCGGGCCCUCGCAACGCUUCACCCAGUCAAAGCUUAGCCGCGAGUUCAAAGCAACCCUCACCGAGUUCCAGCAGCUACAGCGACAAGCUAUCGAGAAAGAGAAGGCAUCCAACUCAGCCGCACGAGCAGCUCUGCAGGAUCAGACCUCGCCGACGGAAGAGCGAAGCGGGUUCGGACAGGAACAAGAGCAAGAACAGCUGCGCCUGGCGAACCAAGACGACGUCGACUUCCAGGAGCAACUCAUCAUCGAGCGCGAAUCUGAAAUCCGCAACAUCGAGCAGUCCGUCGGCGAACUGAACGAGCUCUUUCGCGAUGUGGCGCACAUGGUGCACGAGCAGGGAGCACAGCUUGAUAUUAUCGAGGAGAACGUCGAGACCACACAUGACGCAUCCCGCGGAGCUCACGUAAACCUGAAGCAAGCGAGCAACUACCAGAAGGGUGCAAGGAGCAAGGCCUGCAUCCUAUUGCUCAUUCUCGCUAUUGUCUUGGUCAUCAUCAUUUUGGCUGUUCUCUUGUAA